AGCGGACCUGGUAAACCCAACCUUUAUUAUUUAACAAACCUACAUUUGAAUUUUAUCUUCUCUUCUUCCUCUCUCUGCCUCUUAUCUUUUCAUGGUCUUUUUCUUGAAACUUUCCUAUGACCUUAUUGCUUAUUAUCCCUCUUCACAUUAGCUGUUGAUUGGACGCAGAAUCUUUCAAAUUUAGCGACUGUUUAUAUUAAGGAAAUUUCGUUGAGUUUCUUAGAAGAAAAUAUAUAAUAUUUGAGGAGGAUAAGGUUAAGAGCCAUUACUGGGUUUGAGGUGGUUUCUGGGGUGGUUUUGUGUUUGUUGUUUGUGAGAAUUUGACAGGAAACAUAUAAAAAAUAUUUUUUUUAAUCUUUAUCUUAGAAUUGUUUGUUCUUGCUUAAUCUGUAAAUAGUUUUUUUUUUUAAUUUUUUAUAAUUGAUCCAGUAUUUAUUGGAUUGAGUGAACUUGCAAUUAUAUAGUUGAACGCUUCUUUUUGAUGUGUUCACUUCAAAAUCAAACACCCUUUAGACAGACAAGAAAUGGGGUUUUAUAUCUUUGAUAGAGAAAAGGAGAAGAAGAAGAGAUUAAUUUAGUUGUUUAAAAUGGGAAAUAAUUGUGUUGGAUCAAGGGCUUCGCAUUCAAUUUGGCGACUGCGAACAACGGAUUGUCUGAUCACUCAUGCUAGGAAAGAAGCCAUUAAAGGUAUUUCUGUGAAUAAAGAGCAACAAGAUUUUUCACAAGCUCAACACAAGCCUCCAGAGCAAAUGAAGAUAGCAAAGGAAGAUAUUACAGAGAUUAAACAAGCGCCAUUGCCACCACAACCCAAGGAAGAGACUGAACAAUCACCAUUACCGCCUCUAGAACCUGAGGAUAUUAAACCAGCUAAGGAGGAGAUUAAACAAGCACCAUUACCACCAAAGCCAAAUGAAGAGACCGUACCAUCAGAGGUCAAGAAUCGCAGAGAAGAGAGUAGACCAGCACAGCCAUUAAUACACAAAGAAGAAAAAAAACCAGCAGCACCCCCAAGACCAAGAAAGCCCCAUAAUGUUAAGAGAUUAUACAGUGCAGGACUUCGAGCUGAGUCAGUGUUGAGAAUGAAAACAGGUCAUUUGAAAGAAUAUUACAACUUAGGAAGGAAGCUUGGACAUGGGCAAUUUGGAACAACUUUUCUUUGCGUGGAGAAAGGGACAGGGAAACAUUAUGCCUGCAAAUCCAUUGCGAAGAGGAAAUUAUCAACACAAGAUGAUGUGGAGGAUGUGAGGAGAGAAAUUCAGAUAAUGCAUCACUUGUCAGGUCAUCCUAAUGUUAUAUCAAUUAAAGGGGCUUAUGAAGAUGGAGUGUCAGUAAAUGUUGUGAUGGAAUUGUGUGCUGGAGGUGAGCUAUUUGACAGGAUUAUUAAGCGAGGACAUUAUACAGAAAAAAAGGCAGCUCAACUCACUAAGACUAUAGUUGGUGUUAUAGAAACUUGCCAUUCUUUGGGAGUCAUGCAUAGGGAUCUGAAGCCUGAGAAUUUUCUCUUUGUCAAUGGGGAGGAGGAUUCACCUCUCAAAGCAAUAGAUUUUGGAUUAUCAGUGUUCUUCAAGCCCGGGGAGAUAUUCACUGAUGUGGUUGGAAGCCCAUACUAUGUCGCACCUGAAGUUCUGAAGAAGCGGUAUGGUCCUGAAGCAGAUGUUUGGAGUGCUGGAGUUAUGGUUUACAUUCUCUUAAGUGGGGUACCACCAUUUUGGGCUGAAACUGAGCAGGGCAUAUUUGAAGAGGUACUGCAUGGUGAGUUGGAUUUCACAUCAGAUCCAUGGCCUAAUAUCUCUGAAGGUGCAAAGGAUUUAGUUAGGAGAAUGCUUGUCAGGGACCCCAGGAAACGAAUUACAGCACAUGAAGUUCUUUGUCACCCUUGGGUUCGGGAUGAUGGGGUUGCUCCAGAUAAGCCUCUUGAUUCUGCAGUUUUAAGUCGCUUGAAGCAGUUUUCUGCAAUGAACAAGCUUAAGAAAAUGGCUCUUAGGAUUAUUGCUGAGAACCUCUCCGAAGAAGAAAUUGCUGGGUUAACAGAAAUGUUUAAGAUGAUAGACACAGAUGGCAGUGGUCAAAUUACGUUUGAAGAACUCAAAGUGGGACUUAGAAGAUUUGGUGCUAAUCUGAAUGACUCUGAAAUUUAUGAUCUAAUGCAGGCGGCUGAUAUUGAUAACAGCGGGACAAUAGACUAUGGGGAGUUCAUAGCUGCCACAUUGCAUCUAAACAAAGUUGAAAAGGAGGAUCAUCUAUUUGCGGCUUUCUCAUACUUUGACAAAGAUGGCAGUGGGUAUAUAACUCUAGAUGAGCUGCAACAAGCUUGUAUGGAAUUCGGCAUGGAGGAUGUUCACUUGGAAGAAAUGAUAAGGGAAGUUGAUCAGGACAAUGAUGGUCGUAUAGAUUACAAUGAGUUUGUGGACAUGAUGCAGAAAGGGAAUACUGAAAUGAGCAAGAAUGGUCUUCAUAGUAGAAGUUUUAGCGUUGGUUUUAGGGAGGCACUGCAAGUUUGUUGACAUCAGUAACAGCCAGCUCCAAAUGGUGCGUUGAAUGUUUGCAACAAAGUUGAAACCAAUCUGCCUGAAGGCUGAAAGAGGAACUAAGAAUGCAACGCACCACCGCAAAAUCCUGAAACAAGCAAUACUGCGAAUCCAAAAAAGGGUCCCACAACGUGGAAAAUGGUUUUGAGUUUAUAUCCAACGGAUCAGAUUGUCCCUCCCACCAGGCUGCGCUUAUAACCAUCAACGCACGUUGUGACAGCUCAGGUCCCGUUGUUGGUAAUGCGGGGCCCUCCAUCUUGUAACCAAUAACGUUGCUUGAUUUGGCCAAGUCAUCAGAAGAAACGUAAGGGAACACACCCACCUGUGUACCUGUGAGAUAUUGGGACCCAUAAACGGAUGAUGGUUUGUCACCCCCACGUUGUCAAACAGUGUCUUCUGUGUGCUCAAUCAUUGGUUUUC